GCAUUCUGUUCUACCCGCAGCGCAGAUAAGCAGAUAGAAGAAAACCAGGAAAUAUCGGUGCUUCUGAGAAGGCGCAGCGAGAGAGACGAGGAAAUGGAGAAGUACUUCGGAAAUGCGUACAGAGGUGACCCGGGAGUUCCCCACGCCGACCCGGAUCGUUUCGUCAACAUUUGGAUUGGAUCCGCCGCCUUCUCCGUCCUCACCUGGUUCAAUCCCUACAUGUGGCAGCUCUCCAAUCAAUUCAAUUGGCAUGACAAAGCAUUUCUGUUUGAGCAAUACCACUGGAAAAAGGCCCGACAAAAGAAUCAACCAUACCAGUUCAAGUGGAAUCAGUACAUGGACAAGGACCACCGAGAUUCCUACUAUUUUAACUGGCCCGUGUACUUUCCUUAGGCUCUCUGAUUAUGUAAGAACACUGAUGCUUGCUGCUUAGUUAUUUGGUCUGUUAGAAUGGCAAAAGAGAGUAUUAUUGCACUUUAAUGCUUGAAGGUUUAUGAAUUUGUAUAAUCAUGUUUCUUUUAGACCCGCUUGGAUUAUGCCCUUCAUGUGGCCAUUCUCUACUAUGAUGUCGUUUUUUAUAAUUGCAAUGCUCAAAUGCUCUAUAUUCAAAGAACUUA